AAGGGUGGGGGGCUAACAUGAACACGUCCAUCAUUAUGUGGCGAGCGGGUUUUUCUUUUAGUCUUUAUUUUUGGCCUUUUUUGCUCUCAAGACCGAGACUGACUGUCUGAUGAGAGGGUUUAUUUCCAUGCCCGGCACAAGACGAUAUCAAAGGGGCGGCAUUUAGCUUGGAGUUUGAUGAUAGUGUUUAAGCAACAUGAGGGCAAAGACGAAGCAAUGCAAACGGACGUGCAGAUGCCAAGCUAAACUCGUUGACACGCUGAAGCCCAUACCGAAGUUGGGCGUCGAGAUCGAAGCGAUGCCAUCAAGACAUCAGUCGAUUACCGCCCGCGGCAUACGUAGCACGAACCCAUGCGUGAUGCAUCUCCCCAUGCCACCCAUCGCAUGCCACUCGCCGCAUGGCACGCCCCGAAAGGGCAAUAUACCGCGGCGUCGAUGUUUUGACGGCCAAUUGUCCUUGGUCGGCCCACAGAAAAGCGCAAUCUCACUUCUCGGUCGCGCCCUGCCAAGACAUUCGGCCAGCCAGAGAGGAAGGAACAUAGACAAUAUGCCAUGGUACAUGUUGGCAUCUGGGGGGGACCGGCCCGGUCUGGCGCCCAUAGACACUGACAGGGCCGCGCGAGUACCGAGAUUUACGCAUAAUGGCGCGUCAACGCUGUGGCAGCGGGAGUCCUUGGUCGCAAUAGGUGAGACUAGUCACGGUCGUCGACAUUAGAGCGGCUGCGAUAUCGUUUUGCAACCAAGUGGCUAACGGCGCUUCUCCACACACCCUGGCUGGGAUGGCCACUGCAGACCAGGGCCCUGCAAAGCCCGCAAGGGUUGGCCGCCCAUUCCAGGGCCUGUCGGGGGUUUCUAGAAGCCCAUAUUCCAACUUCCGUACAUGCGAAGGCGCUCCACAUUGUCUUGGGAGGCUUGAGGCUUGAGGCUUGUUGUUCUGCCAAGCUGAAUCGGCAGACGCAGCAGCCGUAAUGGCAAUGCCGGCCGGCGGCA